ACCAGCACCCACGAUCGCGGCUUCUAUACCGCCUUUGUCGCCAACCACGCCAACAACACCGCGAGAUCCCCCCUUCUUUUGCCCGUGGUUCCUGGAUUGGUAGAGUUCGCUAUCGUGGUCGCGCCAGUUGGAUCCGAGGAAACUCACAGCCUUAGACAUCCGUCUUCUAUUUUCGGGCCGUCAAGCAGUCCUACCGUUCAGCCUUAUACCUAUUACCUAAUUCUCCACUCCGAGGCCCGCCCGAACCGAACGAACGAAUGGCGAUCGGAGCCAUAUUGGAGCCCGGCAUUGUCGUGGGUCUCCUCGCCGGUGGUACCCUCGUCAACCGCAACACUACCUACACAAGCUCAACUGCCUCGAGCCGGAGAGCUUCAUGGCACCCGCUCGAUCAGACCGACCCCGAAGCGCAACCAUCGGCAUCGCUUCUGAACGACGAGCAUAAUUUCGAAGGAGGAAGGAAAGCCAAGGUCGACGAGGAUGAGUACGCCGGUGAUAGCAGGAGGCCGUGGAGUCCGUCGCGGUCCAGUUCGUCGUCAACGGUGGUAGAGAACCAGGCUGCCGAAAAGAGUCUCCCAUAUGGAAAGAGGUUCCGCACUUUGAAGUUUAUGGGCUGGGAACGUGAGGUCGUCACGCCGGACACCGAGAUUCAUCGCGACCGAUUACUGAGCCGCGUCCUGCGCAAGUUCCCCUUCCUCGUCGAGGUGUGGUACUGGGCUCUGAUCUACUGGGUCUACCAACUUGGACGAGCCUUUACAGCUGUAACUCUCAAGGCCAGCACAGUCGACGCUGCGCGCGAGCAUGCCCUUCAAAUUAUUCAUAUGGAGCAGCGCCUGCGCAUCUUUGUUGAGCCCAUUUUCCAGGGCUGGUUCCUUGGACACCCGACAAUCCUCAAGUGGACGAACCGAACCUACUCCUUCAUCCACAUUCCCGGCACCAUUCUCUUCCUCAUCGUCCUCUUCUACGUCACCACCACUCGCCCUCGGGCCCGCAUCCACGAGAACCACGGUGGAGGUGCUCUUGUCCGCGACUGGCGCAACUUCGUCAACCACUUCGGCCCGGAUGUGUACGAGCGCCGGAGACGUACCAUGGCCAUGUGCAACCUUUUGGCCUUUAUCGUGUUUACCUUCUGGCCCUGCAUGCCGCCCAGACUCCUCAGCGACCCCACCUACAACGGCGAGGACGCGAAGGAGGCCAAGUCGUACGGAUUUGUCGAUACCGUGCACGGAAAGGACGGUGAUAGCAGUGUCUGGACUACCAACAAAUUCUGCAACCAAUACGCUGCCAUGCCCUCCCUGCACUUCGGAUACUCUUUCCUCGUCGGCCUCACUAUUGCCACCGUUCCCCUCAGGAGACAAGGCCGCUUCGGCUGGAAGAGACUCGUCGCCAUUUUCACCGGCAUGAUUUACCCUGGCAUCAUUCUUACGGCCAUUGUCGCGACUGCCAACCACUUCAUUCUGGAUGCGGUAGCCGGAGCUUGCGCUUGCUUGAUCGCCUGGAAGUUCAACCACGUACUUCUCAACCUCCUCCCCAUUGAGGACUGGUUCCUGCACUUCCUCAGGAUGCACAAGCCCAACUAAAUAAGCGAUCAGUCCCAAUGUCUCGAAGGGCGAUACGAGACGGUUGACGUCAUGGUUGUGCUUAUUUCAGCACGGUUCGAAGUUUUGUGGAACAAGGAGCCCACAGGGCAACGCCAACAACCACA